CGCGUAUAAAAGCUAUAAACAAAAUAGUCUAAGCUUCAGUCUUUCGAGUUAUUUUAUCUUGUAUGUGUAAUACGUACAGUAACUGUGCCGAGAUAUUUCCGCAUUUUCUUACUUCUGCAAUUUGUUCAGGUAACAGAACACAACACAGGUGAAAUUUUCGACAUGGCCGCCGUUAUUCCUGCUGUUUCUAAAUUAUCCUCCAGGAUCAUAAGAGUUUUGGGAUGCAAUCCUGGUUGCAUGACACUGCAAGGAACCAACACGUACCUCGUAGGAACCGGAAAAAGGAGAAUUUUAAUAGACACCGGUGAUACCGAUGUUCCGCAAUACAUCAACCAUUUGAGCUCUGUUUUUAAGCACGAAGGCAUCGAUUUGGCGCAUAUUUUGAUUUCUCAUUGGCACCACGAUCAUAUUGGGGGCCUUAAUGAUGUGUUGGAGCUGGAAGAAUGGACCAAACACUCCCAGAUAUGGAAAUUCCCAAGAAGCGAGGACGAACCCUCAAACGUAAAUAUCGAGGAACUGAAAGACGGUCAGGAAUUUUCGGUAGAGGGCGCCACUUUGAAGGUGCACCACACCCCCGGUCACACCACAGACCACGUUGUUUUCCAUUUGCUGGAAGAAAACGCGGUUUUCAGUGGUGACUGCGUUCUGGGCGAGGGGACGGCAGUUUUCGAGGAUUUGCACGAUUACAUGGUGUCCCUGCAGGACAUUUCGAAUUUAAAUCCUGACGUUGUUUAUCCUGGUCACGGGAAUGUUAUUCAAAACCCUGUGGAGAAGUUGCAGUUCUACAUCAAGCAUAGGAUGCAGAGGGAGCAGCAGAUUUUGGAUGUGCUCAGCAACAAUAGGAAGUCUUCUUUUGGGGAAAAUGAUUUGGUGAAAAUGAUUUACACUGAUAUCAAUGAAAAAUUGAUUAAAGCUGCGGAAAAUAACGUGAGUCAUCACUUGAAGAAGUUGGAGAAGGAGGCCAAAGUCGUGAACGAUAACAACUUGUGGCAAUAUAAUUCCACAAUGAAAUCCAUCUAAGUAAACAAUUAUGUAUGAAGUAUUAUAGAUUAUUAGUAUUAUUGAUUAUAAUAAAUUUAAGAUAUGUAGGUAUGGUAUGGACUAUGUUAGUCAUAAAUGUUAAUGUUAUUUAUAUGUAUAUAAGUAAAGCAAUAAAACAAUGCAAAAG